CGCGCUCAGGGCUCAUUGGCAGGGGGGCGGGGCUCUGGAGGGCGCGAGUCGCGGCGCCGGUCAUGGAGGCGACCAGCUCCGGCUUCCGGAAAGAACUGGUGAGCAAGCUGCUGCACCUGCACUUCAAAGACGACAAAACCAAAGUUGGCGGGGACGCGCUGCUGCUCAUGGCGGAGUUGUUGAAGAUCUUCGUCUUGGAAGCGGCCAUCCGCAGCAUACGGCAGGCCCAGGCAGAGGACCUGGCCGGUGUGGACGUGGAACAGCUGGAGAAGGUGCUGCCUCAGCUGGUAGCUUCUGGACUUCUAGGUGUUUCUGCCCUCACUCCAGCCUCCUGCCUGCCUGCAUCACAGCCCAGCCCCGUGUCCACGUGUCUGCUGUGGCAUCUGGCUUCAGACAGGGAAGAGGCUGCUGAUCCGAGGCGCUCCUCCAGCUCCGAAACUGGGCCAGUCCCAGCAAAUGCGCUCUUGUCCCUCAUGUCCUCUCUGCCCCCGACGGCCUGGACGUAGCAGAGGUUGCCGUGGGGCGGUCGGCCCAUGGUGAGCACCUGUGCUGUGGGAGGGGCCUUGGGAAGCAGGUGCCGAGGGAGCAGCAGAGACUGUGUCUUCCACAGACCAGCAGAGCUGCAGCCCUGCCACCCGACAUCAAAGCUGGCAUGUCACCUCCUAGCCAUGCGAUCCUCGCUCAGAAGAUGCUUCUCUGAGCUAUAGAUUUGUUCUCACAAAGCAACACCAGUAAACCAAAGCUGCCUCUCCCA